AUGAAACUAAAAGCUAAGCUUCGCAAAGCUUUGUCUGGCAGAUCUCGGUCUUCAAUUAUAUCGACUGUACCUGAUGCCGAUGCUUUCUUGUACUCCGAGCCCCUGGAAAAUGUUCAUCAUCCACCGCCCCAUGCUUUCACCACCAUUCCCAGCCGCCUCCAUAAACAGGAUGCUCAGGUAGUCGAAUCAGCGAAGUUAUUCAGUACCGAGAUGAUGUCGGCGAUAUCUCAACGACGAUCAGACCUCCCUUGUGUGGGCUCCUGUAUCGGCCACAUGUCCAGUCUCCUCUACCCCGAAUGCCUACCGGAAAGGCUAGAUGCAGUUGCCAUGAUAUUGGAGGGAGCUGUUAUUCAUGAUGAUAUUGUUGAACGAGAUGACCUAGAAAGUGCAAUGGAUCAUCAUGACAUUGUUACUUCAUUUAUGAGUACAACCCAGGGAGUCAAUAAGGUCAAAUCAGUCCGAGGCUUAAGGUGGAAGGAAUUUAUGUCAAAAGUGGUGGUUGGGUUUACUGCCAAAUAUGGAGCAGAAGGUAAAGUCCUUUUGGAGAGAUGUAUGGAGUACUGGAUUCGGCCGAUGGAAUUUGUGGUGAAGACAGACCCCACCAGUUUCGAAGAUUCUGUGUCCCACCGAAUCGUGAAUAUGGGGACGAGGGCGCUAUCGGCCCUUCUUGAAUUCUCUCUUGGCAUCCGGUUGUCAGAUGAUGAGAUGAAACAAAUAAAUCACAUUGUGAAUGUCGCAGAUCGGAUUCUGGCCAACACAAACGACUACUUUAGUUGGGAGGUUGAACGAGACAAUGGCAACAGGGUACAAAACUCGAUCAAGGUGUUAAUGGAAGUGGAGGGCAGAUCUGAGGAGCAAGCCAAAGAGAAACUCAAAAUCGCAAUUCUGGAGGACGAGAAAAUCUACCAACUCCUGUCGAAGCAGUUCUUCCAGUCGUCUCCGUACGCCCCAGCUCGUGUGCAGAGAUUCAUUGCGAUGCUUGAGGUACUACUCGGUGGCCAUCAUCUCUGGUGCGCUGCUAGUGAAAGAUACAAGGUCCGCACCUCGUCAGAUGAGAAAGAAAUCAAGAUAUAUACGGUCGAGGAUAAGAGCGAGAAUGUCGACCCUCUAUGCUCCAGUUUUACAACUCUUGGCGAUUCUGCUCUGCUAGAUCCCGUGCACUAUAUCAAGACUCUCCCGUCAAAGAACAUGCGAUCGAAAGUCAUUGAUGCCCUGAAUACCUGGUUUCGACUCCCCGACAAUCACCUGGACACGGUCAAAAGCGUUGUUGAUGACGUUCAUAACUCAACCCUACUACUUGAUGACAUUCAGGAUGCAUCGUGUCUACGACGGGGAUUUGCCACAGCGCACAAUGUCUUUGGCCCAGGGCAAUGCAUUAACAGCGCUACUUAUAUGGUAGCACAGGCCGCAUCCAGACUUGUUUUACAUCAGGAUGAGCAUCCGCAAUUAAUCCAAAUCUUCCUAGAUGGUCUGAAGGAGCUGGCCGUAGGCCAGAGCUGGGAUCUCAAUUGGAAGAUCACUGGACACUGUCCGUCUACCGCGGAAUACAUGGCUAUGGUUGACGGCAAGACCGGAGCCAUGUUUGGGAUGAUUAUCCGGAUGAUGCAAGGCUUUUCAACAGUUGCAAACUGGCCGAUCCCCGAGUUAAAUCAGCUUGCAAAACUCCUUGGCCGAUGGUAUCAAGUACGGGACGACUAUCAGAACCUACAAGAUGAACAGUAUACCUCGCAGAAGGGAUUCUGUGAGGAUCUUGAUGAAGGGAAGCUAUCAUAUCCGCUCACAGUUUGUUGCGAUCUUGAUCCAAAGGCCCAAAGGAUCAUCAUGGGGAUUUUCCGGCAACGGCAAAGUGGAACACCGCUUGCACUAAACGUCAAGAUACAGAUCCUUGACAUAUUUCGGCACACGGGUGCACUUCAGCAGACAUGGGAAGUUAUCGAAAAGCUCGAGAAGAGUGCUGAAGCCGCUCUUUCGAACUUGGAAGCCAUCACUGGGGAGCCAAAUCCAAAAUUCCGGGCAAUUCUGAGUCUCCUAGGCAGUGUACCACGUCCUUCGCAAGACUGCGAAUAG